UUAGCGCCCACAUUGGAAAACCGGCUGCAGACUAGCCUAUUUAAACAACACACCGGCUCCGUGUUUCCUCAGAUCCAAACCAGAACACAACUUUACCACAUCCACAUCCUGAGAAACAACAUGAGUGUAGAAAUCCUUGAUGGCAAGACCGUCCAGAGCUUCGUCGAGGACGAAGACGCCUUCAACUCAUCGGUGGACGGCCGGUUUGCGGCCCUCGACACCAACCAUGAUGGCUUGCUCUCGUACUCCGAGAUGGCCCAGGAGCUCAUGAGCCUCAGGGUUCUUGAGAAGCACUUUGGGGUCGAUGAGUCCGCCAUGAGCCAUGGUGAGCUUGUCGAGCUCUACCGUGGCCUGUUUGCGAGGUUCGACCGAGACGGCAAUGGCACGGUGGAACUCGAGGAGUUCCGGGCUGAGAUGAAGGAGGUGAUGCUCGCUGUGGCUAAUGGACUCGGCUUCCUGCCGGUGCAGAUGGUGGUUGAAGAAGGCAGCUUUCUGAAGGUGGCUGUGGACCGCGAGCUGGGCAAAGCAGCUUGAAGAAAGAAACUGCUUGGAACGACUUUUCAGAAUCAGGGGGUUGCAUGUUUAUGAAUUCUAACUUUGUAUUGCCAAUUUUGUUAUGUUACAACUACACCAGUGCUGGUUAUUUGUAUACUUAAUAAGUGAAAUAAAUGCUACAGCAUCAUUUUAAUUUA